CAGUGAACGCUUAUAGGAUUCCGGUCUUUUCUGCCAUAUUGGUUUUGUGGCACGUGUGCCGCUGGCAAAAUCGAGGGAAAAUGACGUGCAAACGCCGUAAUGGAGGACGCUCUAAGCACGGAAGAGGCCACGUGAAGCCCGUGAGGUGCACCAACUGUGCGCGAUGCGUGCCUAAAGACAAGGCGAUCAAGAAGUUCGUCAUAAGGAACAUCGUCGAAGCCGCAGCUGUACGAGAUAUCACCGUCGCCUCCGUUUACGAGAGCUACCCCCUCCCCAAGCUGUACGCUAAGCUUCAUUACUGCGUGUCAUGCGCCAUCCACUCGAAGAUUGUGCGUAACCGAAAGAAGUCAGCCCGCAAGGACCGUGACCCACCCCCACGUUUCCCCCGCGCUGCCAUGGAUGGACCUCGGAACAACCAGAAUCGUCCUGGUGGUGCUGGGGCUCCCCAGACUGGCGGAGCUGCCCAGGUUGCGGCCAAGUAAAUAAAACCCAGGGGUGUUUCCACGGUACGAC